AUGUCGUGGGUACUUUUGUUUUCUCCAAUUGCCUUUGCGUAUUGUCCCACACAGAGCAUCUUCUUUUCCACGCUCACAGAAAACGAAACCACUGACAUUCCAAUUUGUCCCACUCCCCCCCCCCCCCGGCAGAACCAAACCUUGGCGCAAUUUAGGAAAAAUUGCCUGACUCACACUCCACUCCUCUCAUUUAUCGUCGCAGCCGUCCAUGAAAAAUUACUGUCCCCGUCAUUCGCCUCCUCAUCAAAAAAUGCUUCGUCCUUCACUUGUUCUAUCAACACACGUGCCAUCGAGAUCGGUUUCAAGACAAGCCGCACCACAAAAAGUAUUAUCAACAAGAUAACGAAGACGAUCAGCAGCAAGUACACACCCGCCACGCGCCCUUGUUCUGAUAUCAAGCCUGCGAUUCCUUUUUCGAUAUUGUCCAAGAGAACGUUUUGA